AUGGAGCUUUCCAGAAAAGAACCCGUUGCCAAUGGGCACGCAGAGGAAAUUGAUAGAGAACCCACUGACGACAGCCUAACUCAUGAAAACCCUGUUGAUCGAGCUCGUCUCCCUAGCACGAUGAGGCAGAAAGCUUAUAUAUUCGAUGGUCAUGGGAGUUUUGCUUUGAAUAAACAAAUGCUAGAUGAUAGAAGGUUCCCAAAAAUGCACCUUAAUCUCCAACAGUUGCUUCAGGUGAUUGCCCAUGGGGAGCAAGUACUUCCUAGAGUGAAGGAAAAGUGUUCAACAAAAGGGUGGUUUGCCAGCAAAGACAUUAAUUCCUCGGAAGAGUUGAUUGGAAGAUUGAGGACACUAAAAGAGAAUGUGGGUUUCAUAGCAAACCGUGUAAUGGUGAUUCAGGCAGGUCUUGAUAGUUGGCAAUCUGAGCAAAUCAACCGAAAGCUGUACUAUCUCUCAUUCCUUUCCAUUGUAUUUCUUCCACUAUCAAUCAUCACGGGAGUAUUUGGGAUGAAUGUUGGAGGAGUCCCAUGGACAGGCCAAGAUGAGCCAGAGUUAAAAGAUGGUUUCCAUAAUAGGACGAGAGUAUCCAUGAAAAGAAGUUGGUCGAUCAACAGGAAACCAUUUCUCAAGAGAACCAUCGGGUUACAAGAAAGCAAAGGAUACUUGCGCAUUUGA